CAUGAUCGCCCGCAGAGUUCUCCGAGAGCUCUUACAACGACCGCUGGGUCCUUACCAUGACAAAGAUGUCCUUAGCAAGGAGUGUCGGUUAUCGGGACAAUCUAAGCUAGUUCUCUACUCGUUUGUUCUUGAGCGUGAAGGGCGUGUUAUAGGCCUUGACCAGUCAGAAACUCCCCUAGAGGGAAGGCGUGAAGAUCAUCGCAGGUUUCGUUUCCGCGGCACCCUCAAGAUUGGCGAUCCGGAUUGGCUCUCUGACUGGGGUGUCAAGUUGGUGGAAGCAGAGCUUGAUUUACGUUGGUCUGAACGGGCCAUGCGAGAAGGGGAGAGACGAGGUCCACCACUAACACUCAAGGAACUUUUUGGGAACAAACUGCUCAAGUGCUCCGGUUCAGCGCUUCGUGACGGCGAUGACGAGUGCGAACUCCUGUUGAGGAUCCAAGGCGAAAGGGGGCUGCCUGCUGUCUUCAUGAGAGCUAGCCGGGUCAAGGACGAGCUUCUCUGGACAUCGAAAGACCAGCUUCGUCAGUACGAAGUGCACACCAUGGACGUGGCCACCUAUUCAUUUUCCGAAAACUUCUUGUGGCGCUAUCGCCUUUUGGAUCUCAUGGAAAAAAUCGUGGAACGAUAUCCUUACGUUCCCAUCGAAGCACGACAUCCAGAAUGGUUCGCGAGAAAAUAUAUCCGGGAUUUCGCUUACCCGGAGAAAGAUAAACAUCGGCGUAUCAUCUACGACUCUUCUGAUUCUGACAUCUCUGACACGGACGAACGGCGCGUUCGCACACCACGCCAGUUGCUUCACGUGCAUAAGAGUGAGAUUCUUGGCCUGUUUGCAGCACAUGCCGAGUGGCUGCUCACUAGCGAAGCCGCUCGACGAAACAACGUUUUAGAUCUUAAAGUGUGGCACAUAUUUUGGAAGCAGGUGAAGAAGGAGAGGAGAGAGGCUGCCAGAAAUGGCGUGAUAUGGGGGUGGCCAGUUGGGCAGGAACCCCGGGCGGAGGAUCCCAUAUCAUCUACUUCUAGUGAGGAGGAUGACGAAGAUAAUAUCGUGGAACGUAACCCUGUGAUUGGAAAGCCGACACCACUUGUCCAGCGUAAGCUGGAGAUUGCGAGAAAAAAGAGAUCGAACGGUAGGAGGAGGAUAGAGAGUAGCGCUUCCGAGUCCGAGUCGGAUGUGCAGGGACAUGCGUAUGCAUCUGACUUCUCAGGGGACUCGGAGUCUUCUUGGGAACCAGACGAAUUCCCUGCAGCUGAUAAAGAGGUCCUCCGUUUGGUUCCCUGGCAACUCACUAUUCCUCCAGAUCCACCGGAUGCAACUGGACGUUGGCAAUGUCCGUUGCCAACUUGCCAGUACAAGAUCGACCUGCGCCGUUUGACAGAGGAGAACAGGAGGGAUGUAGAUGACGCGAUUAUCCGUUACAUCAUGCGGAAAGAAUGGCAGAACGUCUACAUGGAUGACACGGUUAUUCGUGGAUUUCUGCAGAUGGUGAGGAACCACAAUGAUGGUCAUUUCGCGGAAGUUGGCGUGAAAGUUGUUAGGGAAGGAAAUCGGGAACGAUUAGAACGAAUCAGACCCCGCCAGGAAGGUGUGGAACCCCACCCCUUGCGAGGACGCCUUCCUCCCAAGGGCUCUCUGCGUGGGGAAUCAACAGCAACCAUGUUUCAUGUGAUCGAGUAGAUGGUACUCUUUGCAACCGUACCGAUACCUUUUAGAGGUACCUUGCACUCCAUUGAUUCACCAUAUACUUUGCGGAU